CUCCUGCGCUCCUCCAAUCAGGAGCGCUUCCUGUCAGGAGCGGAAGCAGGAUCAUAUGUUCGUGCAGAAGAAGACGGACCUGAUUCUUUCACGAUAAUAAUGUGUGUAAUGUAAAUAUGUGUGUCAUGACAUCAGAUUCAGGCGCGACAGGAAGAGUUUAGUUAAACCAGGGAUGACUUCCGCAGCGUGACGCGCGCAGUAUUAUUAACGUUAUAACGAUAAUCAGCGAUCGAUCUUCGUGUAACGUUGUAAGUUAAUUUAGGAAAAGCGUAGCAGUUUGGUGAAUAACGGGGUUUAAUAUGAUGGACGGCGUGUUAACGCGGAGCUGAAGCUAAAGCUAAAGCUAAUGCUGGAUUAAACACGGCUCGCUUCUCCUGAAGAGUCAGACAACGACGUGUUUGAGAACAAGCAGCAAAAUCCUGCUUCCGCCGCUCAGAUGAGCACCGGACGCUGAGCGAUGAGCCCGCAGAAGAAGAUGAAGAAGAGGAAGGAGCUGAACGCGCUGAUCGGCCUGAGCGACAACAGCCGCAAGAAGAGCAAGCAGAGCAGCGGACACCGGCUGCUGAGGACCGAGCCGCCCGAGACCGAGUCCGAGUCCAGCUCCGAGGAGCACGAGUUCAGCGGCGGCCGCGGCGGCCUGCUCGGGAACAGGAGCUCGGUGCAGUGCUGCUCGCUCUGUUACCCGCUGUGUGUGUUCGUGGUGCUGGCGGCGUGCGUCAUGGCCUGCGCCGGACUCAUCUGGAUGCAGAUCGCCCUCAAAGAGGACCUGGACUCCAUGAAGGAGAAGAUCCACAUCAUGGAGAGCAGUCAGAAGCUCUCGUCACACGAGAUCCUGAAGCUCAGCGAGGAUCUGAAGGCCAAACAGAUGAAGCUGGACGACCUGGAGAGCGGAGACAAAGGCCUGGCCAAACUCUGGUCCAACCUGAGCGAGAUCAAUCAGAAGCUCAGCGCUCUGGAUUCUGCUGUCAGUCACCUGAAGGCCAACAUCAAAUCCUCCUCCGAUCUGAUCGCGCUGCCGCGGACCGUAGAGGAGCUGCAGAAGAGCGUGGCCUCCAUCGGCAGCACCGUCACCAGCGUCCAGCACGAUGUCUCUCUGGUCCAGUCUGUGGUGGAGGAGAGAAGGAAAGCAGAAGAUCAGCUGAAGGACAACGGAGAGAAACCCGUGAACAACAGCAGCUGUGUGACACUGAAGCAGGAGCUGCAGCAUCUCCAGGACGGCGUGAAGGAGUUGAACAGCUCGGUGCUGCUGCAGGAGUCCAGGUCGAGCGAGCAGAUCCAGAGCGUGCGAUCGGUGCUGACUGACCUGAGCAGCCGGGUGUCCGCGCUGGACCGGAGCGAGUCCAGAGACACGCUGAGGACCGGACAGACCACUGCUGACCCCGGCGCUGACCCCGCUGACCCUGCAGACGCCGGCUCCUCUCCGUCCCGUCGACCCAGGUUUCUGUCCCGCAGACGGUAUAAACGAGGACAGAGCGCGCCGACUCCUGAGAGAGGUGUGGAGCAGGUCCAGCGGGGCGGUGCGUCUCUGAAGGAGGACUCCGGACUCCUGGACGCGGAGCGGGUCUCACCGGAGGUCAGCGCUGAUCCGGAGCGCCGGCGAGGCCCUUCACUGAUUCACUGACGCGAGCGCUUCACACGCAGACUGACCUCAGAGCCGCUCGUCUCGCGCUCCAUGUGUUCCUUCUGCUCGGCUGAGCUCCACCAAGUAGCUUGAAACCCGUAAUGUGACCCGUAACCCGCCGGAUUGUCAUGUUAUCACCUGUUCAGUGUUUCCACGGCUUCAUCUCACCUGCCAGGAACAGGCCAGACAUCUGCUCCAAAUCAAAGGAAUCAUAUUUUAGCUGAAGAAACUGAAGCCCGGCGUGAGAUCGUCUGCAUUGUGACGUUGUUUUAAUGCAGUUUUAUCCUGAAUCUCAGUGCUGUAAUGACUAAAAUAAAUCAUGCUGGGUUUUGUUGUACUGCUGAUUUAAACCAGUCUUUGUUUUCCAGAAUUGAUAUUUUACUUCAUCAGGAGAGCAGCUUAAUGUGCUUAUUUUACAGCGAUUAAUGUCACGAUGCAGAUGCUCUUAAUAAAAACAGGCUUCAUUUUGUUUGACACAUGAUUCUGGGUGAACUGUGACCUGAUUUUACGAGACUCACUCUUAAAUGUAUAAAUAUUUAUCUGUCUCAGAAAUGAUUUUGAAGUCUGUAUGAAUUGCGGGAAAUGAAGAUUAAUUUAAACUACAUUACUGUCAGAUCUAGCAAUAAUAUGAUCCAUACAGUUGCUUUUAGUGAAUAUAAUGAUCAGCUGUUUAAGAUAAUAUACUGCGGUGCGCUCGGCUGCUUGUCUUUAUCAGGUUUAGUCUGGUUCAGCACAUCUGAGGGUAGUUAUGAUCUGUAGAUGUUCAUCUGUAUAUAUCUGUAUUUCUGCCUCGCUGACGCUUCACUCACAGCCCUUUGGAAAUAAUGUCUUUACUGUCGCUUGAUGAAACCAGAUAAAAGCUGUAAAUAUUGUAGAAUUGGACAUUUCUAUGUAACUAAUUUUAAGCAGUAUGAUGAAAUGCCGUCUGUAUAUGUGAGUUUUGCAUGUUUCCUUUAAUGUAACAUGAAUAAAAGCUCCUUUUAUUUAA